CUCAGAUCUUUGAGGCUCUGUCACGAUGAGCAUUUCACUCUGCUGCUGCCUGAUCGUCUUUGCUCUCACUUCUCAUGUUGCUGCAGAUCUUUGAGGCUCUGUCACGAUGAGCAUUUCACUCUGCUGCUGCCUGAUCGUCUUUGCUCUCACUUCUCAUGUUGCUGCAGAUCUCUGACGCUGAGUUCACCGUCUGUUUGAGGAAGAGGAAGGAGGAGUGGAAAAAUGCGUGACAGCCUGGAGGACUCAUGUUGGAGGCUGUGCAGCAGUUCCAGGUUACUUUUUAGUGAAGAUGUUCUUUUUUGUAAUCGUCUGCCAUGUUUGUUUUCUGCUCACGGGUUUGAUCUGCUGCACCAGAGACUCUGAAGGUAUCCACCUUUCAGUCCCUGAGGAUCACCAUGUCUGCCUGCCGUGUGAGCCCUCUAAUAGUUCGGAUGUGAUCUGGACUCUUCGGAACAGGAGGGUCCUGGUGACCCGACAGGGAAACUACCAGACCAAUCAGGACCACCAGCACUAUGUUCUCAGCCGCAGUGACCUCUGCCUCCUUCAGCUCGACGACUCUGACGACGGAGAGUACCGCUGUAACCACCAGCUGGUAGCCGAGCUGCACGUGCUCAUGGGUCAUGAUUUUAGAGUGUCUGCUGGUUGGACACUCCUGCUCCCCUGCAGAGGCUCCUCCAAACCCAAACAGAGGUGGUUUCGACAGCGAGAAGGAGGGCGGCGGGAGGCCAUCUUUACCCUCUUCAAGAACGGUACAGGGAAACCGGAAGCGAAGGAAAACAGUCGCCUCAGCUACGGUAACGAUGCCCUGCAGAUCCAGGACCUGCAGCCAGAGGACGCUGGAGAGUAUCUGUGCAACGGCAUCCUGCAGGCAAAAGUCAGCGUCCUCUCAGUGCCCCCAGAGCCAACAAGCAUCCCAUCAUCCUCCAGCACGUCUCCACAGUCUGCUGUCGCGAUCACAGAAGUGGUUGACUUAAAGAAGAAGAGAAAUCCUGAGAAAGUUCUGUUGACGGCGGCUGUGGUUGGUUUGGCGUUAAUCGUCGUCCUCAUGGUUGUGGUUUGUGUUUUACUGACCAGCAUAAAGUGCAGGAGAAAGAAAAAGAAGAGCAGACUCGCAGCCACACAGGAACUCCACGACACAGAGCUGCAGCUGUGGAGCACAUCCAGCGCUCCCACUGAAACUAUGGAACUGGAUAGUUGCUCCCUGCCUGAAGAAGAUAUUCACUACGCUUCUCUGGGACGACCGACCUGGAGGGAGAGACCCGUCUGGACCCCAACGAACCAGAGCCAAGUGAUCUACUCCUCCAUCAUCACCAGACCUGCAGCUGAAGACUGAACCCAGAUCAGUUCUACUUCAUUUUACUUCAUUUUACUCUUUCACACUGAUUUUGGAGCUUUUAAAUUGUUUUUAUCCCAAAGCUGGCAUAAAAAGGGAUUGGUCCGUGCUGUAUUUUUUUCAUUUAACAUAAAGCAAAACUUAUAUAUUCUAACCAUCUACUCUGUGAGAGAUAUUCUCAUGUAAAUAAAACAGGAAAGCAAAGUGAGAAAGAGAAGAAUCCCUUCUUUUUUUAUGCAUUUGUGUUUCUAACGCAAACUUUUGUCAAAAAAAUCUAGACAACAAAACAAAGAAAAGAAUUUUAACCAUGAGAACAGACACAAAAGUUGAAAGUUAUUCUACAAGGAAAGUGAUGCUUUGCAGGAUUAGGUUGUAUUUUUCUUUCUGUGGUCACAUUAUUCUUAAUUCAACUAAAAAUUAUUUAAGAACCAAACAUAUAAUGUGUAGCAUAAUGCAUGUAAAAACCAUCAUAUCGAAUUCAAACAAACCUCUGUACAAAAAAAGAAACACUGCAUGAAAUACCUUUGGUGUUUUUUUCCUGCAAAAUUACAUAAAAUAAAUAAUAUGCAAAUUAGUAAAAUAAGUUAUGGAAAUAUAAUAUUAAUUAAAAGUGUGAAUUAAAGGUAGGACAAAAUAAAUAAAAAACAAACAAAAGUAAGAAAUCUUGAUUAUAAUCAUUUUAAUAGAAAAGUUUAAAAGAAAGUUGACAUCGUAUUAAAAAAACUCGUUUAUGUGAAAAUAUAUGGAGGCCCUAAAGGGACAUUGAAGAAAAAAAAUCAAAGAAAAAAAAUGUAAGUAAAAAAAAGUGGAAAAAAA